UGCCAAGACGUAUUUUUUACUUGACAUGGUUGUUUUUUUUCUGCAUUUUCUUGAAAAAAUAAAACCACCAGAUAUUUUCCCAGGCUUUAAAUGAAGUGCUAACCAGGAGGAUAUGCAGUCAACUUUCGGUUUCAUCAAAACAGGAAAUAAACAACUAUACGGGCACCUGUUUUCCCGCGCUUUUGAGAACAUGCGUUAUAAAAUAUUUAUUUUUUCAUCACAUUUAAAACGUUUGCAAUUUAUGACACACAAUAUUUUCCAGACGAUAAAAAAGAUUUUCCAGUCGAUGAGCUUUUUUCCGUUUGGAGAUGCAUAUAAUUUUGAUAGAGACAUGUCAACAAUCGGCUGUAUAAAGCGAUCACGUGACUUACCAUGGUCACGUGAUUAAAGCAUUCUAUAUAACCACCUGUAAACCCCAUAUCGUCAGUUUUAUUUCGGCGUAAAAAUACAUACGAUAGUUCGGAAAAAAAUGUCAAAACACUAAAAUUCCUUAUGGACGCGUAAGUUGUUUAAAGUUGUUUAAAGUAUAACGAUGUAUCGACUUUGAAAUUUGAAAGGAAUAUGGGAUGUUUUCCGUGUUUUAAUUUUGUUUUUUUACUCAUUUUGUCACUUUCUUUGAACUUACCUUCAUGCUCGUUUGUCGGUAAAAUGUGUGAAAAAUAUCAAUUCAUCAAUUUAAAGCUAUCACUCAUAAGACCAAACAAAUCCAUAUGAAAACAAUGAAUUUGUAUACAAGAACCCUCCCCCACUCGUUAAGCACAACAAUAGGCCGAUAGAUCAAUUAUCGGGUGAUUGACGAUGACCUCGACGACACACGUACCAAUUAACGGAUUAGUGUCAACAUGUCCUGUGUUUUACGACUAGUGUCCCGGACAGGCAAAAUAGCUGACUUACAUUGGUAAAAUAGGAUAAUCGAUUCCGAUUUCGAGAUUAUUUUUUUUUCGUUUUUUUUUAUGACUUUCCGGGACAAACAUGCACCCUCCGUGACUCCGUGACAGAGAUACGAUUUCCGGGACAAUCCCGGACGUCCGGGACGUUAUCACAUGUAUGCCAAAAAGAGAUGGGAAGGAGGAACGCAAGGAUGGAAGGAAGGAAGACAAGAGAAAAGGCGAGAAGAAACACAAGAUCAAGCUAAAGAAGAGCAAACAUGAAAUACACCCACCCCAGGCUGAGGUAAUUGAGAAGCCGGUAUUUGGAGUGCCGUUGUCUGUAUCUCUUGAGAGGUCACGAAGUCAUGAUGGUAUACAGUUGCCAGCAAUAUUCAGAGAGUGUGUCGACUAUAUCGAAGAACAUGGCUUACGUUGUGAAGGCAUCUACCGAAUAUCAGGAGUCAAGUCCAAAGUCCAACAUCUGAAAGACCAGUACAAUCGAGGCGAGGAAGUCUACCUUGAGGAACAUGAGCCCAACAUUGUUGCUGGGGUCCUAAAACAAUUCCUGAGAGAACUACCUGAGCCCGUUCUCACAACAGCCCUGAUACCCAAGUUUGAGGAGGCUUCCACUAUCCGGAACGAGCGACGCCGUAUAGAGAGUUUCCUGCACCUGAUUGGGGAGCUGCCGGAAUGUAACCGUCUCUUGUUGUCAUGGAUGAUCGUCCACAUGACUCACGUUAUCGAGAGGCAAAAAGAGAACAAGAUGAGUCUUCAGAACGUAUCCAUUGUGCUAUCACCCACGAUGCAGAUCAGCCAUCGAGUGCUGAAUGUGCUCUUCUCCCAUAAUAAACAUCUCUUUAAAUCUACUGUUAUCAAAAGGUAUGUUCCUCCUCUGAAGCCAGCCACUUCCAGAUGGUCUCUGGAAUUACCUGAUAACCCACAGGCUUUAGCAGAGGAGUUAAGCAAACAGGAGUCACUUCUGGACCAGUUACAUGCGGAACUUGCCGCAGGGACUGGUGACCCGGAAAAGGAAGAACAAAUCUGGGAGGUCCAGCGAGUUUGCACACAGCUGAAGCGCAAGAUUAAGAAUGCUCAGAAAGGUCAAGACACGUUAGAGAAGAGAAAACGUGAAAGAGAUGAACAAAGCAAGAGGGACACAGUGGUUGAAGAAGGGGAGGAAGAGUUGAAACUGGAAUUACAAGAACUGCCAGAGGGAGAGGUCUUGAAACUGGAGUUGCGUACGCCACCACCAGAUGCCUUCCAACCACCACCAGUAGAGGGCACAGAAUCACUUGGUAGUCAGGUCAGCCUUGAGAAAGGGCAGGAAGGGAUUGAAACACAGCAAGUCGCUGCUGAAACACAAAAUGUCUCUGUAGAGGUGCACACAGAGGAAAACACAGAACAAAAGGACACGCAAGAAGAGGCAAGUGAACUUAAGACAAGGGAAAGUACAAGUCAAGAAAAAGUCACACUGAAGGAAUUGGCCAGUCAAAGUAAAACAGCAAAGAAAUCUGAUGCUAAGGCAGAAAAAGCUGAAACUGAAAAAGAAGUGACUGAGGCAACUUUGGAAGUGGUUGAUACAGAAGCAGCCUUGAAGGAAACUGGAGAAGUAGAUGAUAUGGAAAAGGCUGAUAAGAAGGUUGAAGAUGAUGAAGAAGGGGAUAAGACAAAUGAUGAGGAAGAUGUUGUUAGGGAGAUUGAUGUGAAGGCUGACCUGGCUAGGAAACAUGCUCUUGCACUACAGGAGGACUCAGCUACUGACUCAGAGCUUGGCCAAUCCAGGGAGUCAGUUAACCAGGUAGAGAGUUUGUCAGAUGAGUUUGAACAGAGCCUUGAAGAGAUACUGGAGAGAGACCUGGACCUGGCUGAACACAUGGCUGAACACCCAGACCUCCCAUCAGAUCUCCCAUCUGAACUUACAGAAACUGCUGAACGUGAAGAAAAGACAGAGCUGGAAGAAACAGCCGAUACCCCAGAGGAUGAUAGUGCUCUAGGCAAAGAAGCAAAAACACCAGUUCCCGUAGAGACUCCAGAGUCACCUCCUGAAUCUCCAGUAAUGACUGCAGUAGACGUCACAGCGGCACCUGAAGUUGCCAAAGAAAUUAGUGAAGUAAAAGACGAGGAGGAAGAGGAGGAGGAGGUGGCUGCUUUGGAAGAAAGGGAAGGUGCAGAUGUUGUGGACACCCAGCCAACACCUGUACCACAGAUUAAUGAGGAGUCUGAUGAGGAACCAUCUACAAUGCCAUGUGCUGCUGAUGUUGAAAAUGCUGUAGAACUUGAGCUGAGUGAAAUGUCAGAGGAUGAGAGCAUCAGUGAGGAACAGUACCAUGCUCUGUUGGAGGAGGAAUACGCCCUCAAGCUGGAAGAGGAGGAACUACUUGCCAUAGAGCGUGAACUGCGUAAGAAGAUUGAGACUGAACAAUGCGAAGCUGAGACACUACAGCAGGAAAUUGAUGAGUUACACGACAUGAGACAGGAUAGCGAUGAAGAAUUCCUUUCAUCCUCGUCAGAUAGCAGCUAUGAGAGUGAAGAUGAAGAAGACCUACAGGAAAUACUUGAUCAGCUUAUACGCCACAAUGAGGCCCUCGAGCGAGAGAACUCAGAGAUGUGUUCAAACAUCCACAAGGAGCGGAUGAUAUGUCUGGCUGUGAAGGUGCAGAUAGGGAUGAUUCAACAGAAACAGGGCCGUGGAUCCGCCCGUAAUGCUGCUACACAGGAACAGGACUCCCUCAUUGAGUUUGACUGAGGUGGCGUUUGAUAUGACUGCUAUGACAAGAUUCCAUUUCUAUAGUAAAUGGAUCAACAUAGUUGUUUGUUUUGACUCUAAAUGUUACUAAUGGCAAUGGUAAUUGUUGUGGUCAUGAAUAUAACUGUUGGCACAUAUAUUUGUUGUUGUCACAAAUGCUUAUAUUGGCAUAGAUAUUUUGUAAUCUUUUAUGACCACAAAUGUUACUGUAAAAAUGUAUGUAAUCAGCAGUAUAAAAUGUUACAAAUCCAACCGAAAUGUUGCCGUUUUGACAUUUGGUGUAGGAUUAUUUUUUGAAUGGGGUUGUUUUGACUUGAGGUUAAUUCGGCCAACUCCUGGCAAGCCAACACUGUUAACAUUGGUGCAAUAUUUUAUUAUUGACUACAUUUUUAUGUAUGUAUUAUUUGUGUUAUUAUGAAUGCAUUUAUUAUUUUAUGUAUUAUCAUAUAAUGGAGGGAGUGAUUGUUCAGAGCUUGGUUAAAGUUUUCAACGUUGUUAGUGUCAUUAUGUAUUUCACCUGUACUUUUAUAUUUAAAUAUAUGAAAAUAUUAUAUAAUAAUAAUUGUAGGGAUAAUGCCGGAAGGGACCAUAACCUUCUGUAUUUUAAUGUUGCUUGAUACCUCUUGCAUUUCUCAACAAUUUUUUUUUCACUUUUUGAAAAGUUUAUUUAAUAUUUAACCAUGUAGUUAAUCACUUUGUUAUCAAUCGGCCCAAUGAUUAUUUAUAAAGUGUACUGGCUUUCUUGUGCUACAUGUACAUUUCCUCAUUUUAUAUUAUAUGUAAUGUAUAUGUACUUAUAAUUGUAUACAUUUUAUGAAGAUCUGUUUAAAUAACUAUUGCAGUUAUAAAAAUCACAAACAUUAUAUAAAAAGAUAUGGUAUUGCCCCACCGAUAGGGAGGGGGGGCACAUUGGUUGGGGUUACAACAAACUGCCAUUGCUGUUGUCUAAAUUCCAGCUCUGGAGCAGGGAUAUGUCCCAAAGGGGUUGGGUAUGUUUUUAGGCAUCAAAUUUCUUUGGAAAAAUAAUCUGACGACGUCCCGACUUGCAGUCAAAAUCCAGCCGGUGGAGAAUCACCCUCUGUCUAAAUUCACCUUUAACCCCUCCCCGCUCCCCUAAGUAGGCCAAAACAUUUAUAGAUGCAUUUUAUGUAUACAAUAAGUAACUGCUAUUGCUGUAUCAUUCUAAGGGAACCCUUAAUAGCUAAGGGAUCAAUAUACCAAUGAUAUUCAAAAAUACAUAUUCUGAAAAAUAUUUCUGUACAUAAUACCAAUAUACUAAAUAACAUAGACUUUUCAUUAUUUUUUUCUAGUUUAAUACUAAAAUAUCAAAGAUCAUAAAGAAUAAUUGCUGACACAUGACAAAACAAAAUUUCGUCUAAGGUUUUCUUCGUAGAAUCAAUUUGUCUGAGAAGUAUCAAUUCUAUUACCCUUUGAUUUGAUACAUCCAUUUCCCUGUUAAUACGUCUGCCUCAUAUGUUGUGAGGAUUUCAAAAUAAACUAUCAAUAUUCUUGCACUGUUGAAUAUUGUUUUAUGUUGUAAACAUGAAUAAACAUAAAAUCCUGAGAAUAG